AUGGCGAGGAAGAACGAGAUCUUGACCCACACGCAACCAGACAGACAAGAAUUCAGAGCCUCCCUCCAAUACAUCGUGGACAAAACGGAUCAUGUCGACACAGCUGUCUGUCUAGCUCUAGGAAAAUUCGAGAAUGUGGAACUCAGCGCAGAAGAGGCCUUGCAGCAUCAGCUGGCUAUGUUUCUCGUACUGUGCGAAAUGCUCGAGAUUAAGCAGAACACCAAGAUCAAGACCAUAUUCCAGGAUCCACGAUUCGAGCCUCCAGAGGAGUACGUUAUUACUCUAGCGGGGGGAGAGGUUGUCAAGCAUCCUGGUGCAUUGGAACAUAUGACCGAAAACUCGUUCGUCUUCGCGCCUUACCUCGUCUGGCCUGCUUUCCCAGAUACCAUCAUCAAAACACACCCGGCCCUUUACAUCGGCAACAAGGUGGAAAGUGGUGGAGGCAUGGGCAUCCCAAUAGCAGAAAGAUACGUCCGACAGUUCUAUGUGACUGGCAAGCGCGAGAUGGGUCCGGAUUUGCAGGAGAUCAUCGACCAAACGAAGAAAUUUGCGGACUCUUAUGACAAGUAUCUGUUCGACACGACGUACGAUUCGCUACAUACCAAGUAUGGGUCUCACUUUCAGAACAUGUGGGUCCAUCAUCCGAAGCGAGAACGACCCGAUUCUGAUAAUGAUCCACCUGGUGGCGCAAGCGUUGCACCAGGACCUUCUAAUCCAAAGCCGAAAGACGAUUCAGACCAUGGUCCAAAAGGGGAUGGCGGCUCAGGCUUUGAUUAG